CGCUUGGAGCUAAGACACCCGGUGUCAAGUCUACGUUUGCUUUUUUUCUUCUCCUGCUGCUGCUGGACAUGUCUUUAUUCACCGGAGCAACUAUGGGGUGCAUAACCAGGCUGGAUGAAGCCGCAGGCAGAGAAUGUAUGAGCAGCUGCUGAUACAUAGAAAGGCUUGCUUAUCAACAGUGCAGAUUCACGCUUCACCCGAAGUAGGCCUACUAUAGAAACCUGCAUGUAUUGUACGUAGGAGGGAGGAUGGGCAGUUUAUUUUGGUGUGUUUUCUACUGACACCACCAAGAUUUCCUUCUCAUUUGUUCUAAUGUCAAGCAUUCUGCAUGGUCGAGAUAACCACGACUCUUUCGUUUGUGUGGGGGUCGAAUGUUGAAACAUGUCCAAACAUGUCUUAGCUACUUCCUUUUUCAGCCCUGUAGUGUGUUGCAUGCGUUUGCGCAGCUAUUUGGAUCAUUUUGUUUGGAUCAAACCAACCAGUAAAAUUGACAGUUGGAAAUAAUGUAAUUUAUGUAACUGAAGUCCAGUAGAACACAGAGUGGGAGACAGGGAUGUUCCAUAGAGGGAAUGGUGAAAACUGGAAUGGAAUAUCUUCUCAUAAUGUCACGACAGAUGCCAACAACAACAUACAGAACCCGAGUGCUUUCCAGACCACAGUUGGCUCACAAAAGAGCAGAAGGAAGAACUGAGUUCUGGACAAGAAUUCACCAUCUGCUCAAGCCCAGUCCAGACACCGUCCACUACCUCCUCACACACUUCCACUGGCUGUGGGAUGUGAUCAACAGCAGCUUCCUGCGCAACAUUCUCAUGAGGGUGGUCCUCACUGUCAGAUCCAACUUCAUUCCCAGUCCGCCAACCUUCAACUCCAAGUAUGGAUACCUGAGCUGGGAGUCAUACUACAACCUCAGUUACUACACCCGCAUACUACCCCCUGUGCCCGAGGACUGCCCCAUGCCCAUGGGCACCAAGGGUAAAGCCGUGCUCCCGGACCCCAGAGACCUGGUGACGCGCUUCCUGAUAAGAAAGAAGUUCAGACCGGACCCUCAGGGAGCCAAUCUGAUGUUCGCCUUCUUCGCCCAACACUUCACCCACCAGUUCUUCAAGACCCACCACCGGAUGGGCCCAGCCUUCACAAGGGCCCUCUCCCAUGGGGUGGACGCGGGCCACAUCUACGGAGACAACCUGGAGCGACAGCUGCAGCUCCGCCUGCACCAGGACGGGAAGCUGAGAUAUCAGGUGAUCUAUGGGGAGAUGUUUCCCCCGACCACCCAGGAGGUCCCGGUGGCCAUGAGCUACCCCAGUAGCGUGCCCCCCAGCCAGCGCCUGGCCCUGGGCCAGGAAGUGUUCGGCCUGCUGCCCGGCCUCACCCUGUACUCCACUCUGUGGCUGCGGGAGCACAACCGGGUGUGUGACGUGCUGAAGGAGGUGCACCCCACCUGGGGAGACGAGCAGCUCUUCCAGACCACCAGACUCAUCAUCAUCGGCGAGACGAUUCGCAUCGUGAUCGAGGAGUACGUUCAGCAGCUCAGCGGCUACCUGCUGAAGCUCAAGUUUGACCCGACCCUCAUCUUCAACGACCAGUUCCAGUACAGCAACCGCAUCUCGCUGGAAUUCAACCACCUGUACCACUGGCACCCUCUCAUGCCUGACAGCUUCCUGGUGGAUGGACAGGACAUCACCUACCCCGACUUCCUGUUCAACACAUCCGUUCUUCUACACUUUGGGGUUGAGAAGCUGGUGGAUUCCUUCGCAAGACAGCAGGCCGGACAGAUAGGGGGCGGUGGGAAUGUCCAUGCUCGGCUCCAAGAGGUAGUGGAGCUGGUCAUCAAGGAGUCCAGAGCGCUGCGUGUGCAACCGUUUAACGAGUACCGCAAGAAGUUUGAACUCAAGCCAUACGCUUCUUUCUAUGAAUUCACCGAUGACAAGGAGAUGGCGAGGCAGCUGGAGGAGCUGUACGGGGACAUCGACGCGCUGGAGUUCUACCCGGGCCUGCUGCUGGAGCGGACGCGCGGCAGCGCCAUCUUCGGCGAGAGCAUGGUGGAGAUGGGGGCCCCGUUCUCCCUCAAGGGUCUCCUGGGGAACCCCAUCUGCUCGCCGGUGUACUGGAAACCGAGCACGUUCGGGGGCGCGGCGGGCUUCGACAUCGUUAACUCUGCCACGUUGGAGAGGCUCGUGUGUCUAAACAGCCGCUGGUGUCCCUACGUGUCCUUCCACGUCCCUCGCAGCGAGGAGGACCACAGACCCCGGGACCCCAGCACAGAGCUUUGAUUGGUUGGGUUUUUGUAGUUAUUUUUGUAGUUUGUUUUAUUAUUUGUGAGAGGAUUUAUUUAAUUGAGAUGCUAAAUUAUUUGGAACUUUUAAGUUUUUUUAUAAUGUAUGGGUGGGGAGUAGGGAUGGGCAAAAUGAUUCUUUUCCGGGAACUAGUUCUUUCAGUUCAGUUCACUAUAACGAUUCGUUUAUUUGAUUCGGUCGUUUUGAUUCGUUCGUUAUGUCAGAUUACAUCUUAAAAAAAAUAAAUAAAUAAAUUUUUUUUAUUUUUUAAUUGGUCAUGGGUCCGGAUAGGACCGUCAAGACCGCAGUGCGCCGUUUGGAGAUGCCUGCUAUAUAGUAUAUCGAACGUCCCACCAAUAUUUAUACCACUUGCUUACUCUCUAUAUUUCAUUCAUGGUUUUACAUUUAUAAUUUUAUUUUACUUUACAUUUAAUUCUUCAUUGUUCAGGCAUUACAGAACUUGCAUGGUCAUAAAUAAAAAAUACGAACUGCAGUUUAAUUUCUUUGUUUGUUCUUAAAUUGAUGUAGAAUGGAGCAAAGACUCCUGGGAUUGGGAAAUGCGUUUAUCCAAUAAACAGAUGGAGGGUUAGGCAGACAGAGAAAGCGCGCAUAUUCGACGGUACCGCCUUGUCAUUGGUUUACCCAGGUGCCAUUCCAACACCAUUGCUACCUCUCAUUGGCUGAAUCUUUGAGCACGUUGUAGACUCAAUCAAUAUAAGUCGCGGGGAGACGGAGCUCUGUUCGUUUGUAUAUUUUAUUUUCGUGACCAUAUGUUUGGUUUAUGUUAAAAAAAAAGAAUCAAAGAACCAGUUCUUCUUGUUUUGGGGAACCAGUUCUUGUCGUUCACGUUCGGGAUUCGUUUGUUGUAACGAAUCAGUCGCGACCGACACAUCCCUAGUGGGGAGGAUUGUCUUGUACUGAAAACGAAAUACAUAUAUUUGUUUCAAUUGGAUUUAUCAUACCUGCCUUCGAUACUUGCCCCAAUCAAAUUUAAUAAAAAAUAAUUGAAGCA